GUGAUGCAUUAAUUUAAUCGUUUGAAAGUUAGUCUGUAGCUAAACUCGUUGGAAUCCAGGGUCGUGCCAUUACCUUCUCAGCAUAGUCGAAGGACCAGUUUCAGUUUGAGAUAUAAUUACUACAAAUUAUAUGGUGGUGGCUGAGCGGUGGCUGUAGACCUGGUGUGUGAGGCGACUCCGGGGAGCCUGUUAGUAUCACAAUGGCAGAUGGAGGUGGCGAUGAUGACGUUAUUCACCUGGCAAGCUUCAACCUCCACCGCAGCCAAGGCCGUCGGACCCGUCACAGGGAGCUCAUCACCAUUUCUGACGACUCAGAUGAGGAGCCUGUGACGCUGGUACCCACCAGCCCUGUUUUGGUGCCAGACGAUGCUGAUGAUGAUGUCAGAAUACUGGAGCCACUCACUUCAUCACGAAGACAUGUGAUUCGCCCUGCAGCUACUUGGAGUGUGGCCUCCAAAAACCUAAUUGAAGUCACAAGUCAAAGCAACGUGGCCUCAGGAGCUCCGUUAUCGGACCCUGACUCUUGCCCCUCCACCUCCAGGAAUGCCAUGGUCAGUGCCAUCGGGACAAGACCGCCCAUACGCAUACAGGUUCCACUGCAGCCCAGCACUUCUGGACACACACAACCACAGCCUGGUACUUCAGCAAACACCACAGACUCCCAAGCAAGCAUGUCUACCCACUCCCCAGCUACCUCCACAGACCCCAAGGCAAAUGGUAUUGUAUCAAAAGAACCUGCACGAAUAGAGGUUCACUCUCAACCUAGCACUUCUGGACACACUCAGCCACAAUCUGGCUCUUCUAUUCAUACGCAGACAGAUCCCCAAUCAAGUACUUUCAUUGGGCCCAAUUCUAGUGCACAGGCUGAUUUGCGUGCUUCCAAAACACAGACCAAGGCAAGCCCUAGUAGACACAUGCAGGACAAUACUCAGGCUAGUACUUCAUCCGCACAUCCCCAGUUGCAGGUCAGACCUCACACAUAUACCUUAACUGAACCUCUGCCCAGCACCUCCACACAGUCCCAUAUCCAGUUAUUCCAGGUGACAGAGGUCAAGGUAGUUGUUCCAAAACAGCAGACCGAACAAGCCCCAUCUCUCAUAAUCCAGGCCCUCCCCAAGUCCUUACAAUCAAAUCCUACCCAGGGAAACCUCAUUGAGAUUGUGGCUAGACCAGAGCUGGACUCUCAGCCAUUAGCUCAACCUCAGACUCCAGUCAGGGCUCCUCAAUACCCCCAGGUUAGACCAGUGAUAGCCCCUGCUGUGCUAAUAGCUGCUGCCCCAGAGAGAUUAGGACCUCCCGAGACAGGUCACCAGAUCACUCCAGGAAGCCAGACACCAGGGGAGGCCCACCCCAACCCUCAACCCCACGCUGGAGUUCCCAAUCAGGUACCCCCAGCUCCUAAUCUCAAUGCAAGGGUACCCGAACCCAACCCUCCUGCUCCCCCUGCUCCCACAGCCUCAGGCAGCCAUCACAGAGCACUUCUUAUGAGAGAGGCGACUCUGGUUUUGGCUCCAGUCCCAGCGCCAAACCCAGAGGGGGCGAAUCCAGCACCUGCCCUCAUUGACAUCCCUCCACCCCCGGCAGACAUUCUCAGGAUAGAAGAUGUGAGGCCUGGUCCGUCUGUGCCACCAGAGGGUCACAGGGCUGAGAGGCAGGACAAGGAACCUCAUGUGAGACCCUUGAUUGCUGGGGUGUUGGAUCUAUUUCCAGAUGUCCAGGAAGACUAUGUAGCAGAACUAAUCCAACAGGCCAAUGUGAAAGACUUGAAUGUUGUCUGUAAUCUGCUGUUGGAAAACCCAGCAUAUCCAAGAAAGGAGACUGCUGCAACCACAACAGCUCCCACCAGCAUCCUGCUGGAGUCUGGAGAUACGCAAUCAGAAGUGACAGAGGACCUGUUUGACUAUGCUAAGCUGGGGACGGUUGGACCAGAGGCCGUGAUGCAGGCUGCUGACCUGCUGAUGGCUGACUUCAGGAUGCUCAGCUGUCAGGAUAUUAAAUGGGCCCUUAACGCCCUCAAAGGACACUAUGCAAUAACACGCAAGGCCUUAUGUGAAGCUCUGAAGAAGUGGCAGGAAUCAGGGGACCCCUCAGGAAAGAGACGACGGAGUCGAGCCUCCUCCGAACGCUGCUACAUAGAUUUCGCGUUUGAGCACAACUCGGUUAAACUCGAAAAAAGGAUGUAUUUCCUUGAGAAUGACCGUCGUUACUUCAGGACUUAUGGGACGCUGGAAGCCUCUGUUCAGAAGGAGCUCUCAUUCUAUCAGCAGAAGGCCAAAGAGUGGGCAGAGCACGAAGAUUUCCUACUGGCACUUCAGGUCAAUGAGGAUGAAUAUAAAAAGGAUGGCCAGUUGAUAGAAUGUCGCUGCUGCUACGGGGAAUUUGCAUUUGAGAAGAUGACCCAAUGUUCAGAUGGCCAUCUCUUCUGUAAAGAGUGCCUGGUCAGAUAUGCUCAGGAGGCAGUCUUUGGCUCUGGACAGUCGGAGCUGAGCUGCAUGGAGGGGGGCUGUCCAUGCUCUUACCCAGUGUGUGAGCUUGAGAAGGUCUUACCAGAGAACAUACUUUGUAAAUACUAUGAGCGACAAGCAGAGGAGGCUGUUGCUGCCACCUGCGGUGAUGAACUAGUCAGAUGUCCAUUCUGCAACUUCCCAGCCUUGUUGGACAAGGGUAUGUCCCUCUUUAGCUGUCCCAACCCACGAUGCCGCAAGGAGAGCUGUAGGAAGUGCCACGUCCAGUGGAAGGAGCAUGUGGGGAAGACAUGUGAACAAGUCUUGGAGAGGGAUGAGAUCCGCAUGAGGGUGCUCUUUGAGGAGCGCAUGACAGCGGCGCGGGUGAGGAAGUGUGUGAAGUGCGGGAUGGGCCUGGUCAAGUCAGAGGGCUGCAAUCGUAUGUCGUGCCGCUGUGGCAGCUUCAUGUGCUACCUCUGCCGAGAGCCCAUCACUGGCUACAACCACUUCUGCCAGCAUGCCCGGUCGCCCGGCGCACCCUGCCGUCACUGUCGCAAGUGCUCCCUCUGGACCGACCCCACGCAAGAUGAUGAGCGCAUCAUUCAGGAGAUCCAGAGGGAAGGGGAGGCUGAGCUGAAUAAGAAGUGUGCAGAUAAUUCAGGGAAGAGAGUCGGCCCUCCUCCUGAGCCUGCUGCCGAUGCCAAGCGGCAGCGUGUUGGUCCGCCACCUCAGAACCCUCCCAAUCCCCCGGCCAUGCCUCAUGUGCAUGCAGUACGAGCUCCUCUGUUGGUCCCUCCACGUGUCGUUUACCCACGGGCGGAGCCCCAGGCUGGAAUGUUCCAGAUGAUGGGACCCCAGUUGGCCCCAGCACCUUAUGUCCCUCCGCUGCAGCAAUUUCUCGCCAUGAACAACAAUAACAACAACCACCACCACCACCACCCUCCUCCUUUCAACCACAACGACCAUCAUCAUCAUCGCCGUCAUCAUCAUAAUCAUAAUAGGAACAUGAUGGACUUGCCCAUGCACUAUGGACCUCCGCACAGAUACUACAGACGUGUCUAACAAACACAGACACACUCAGCCAAGUUAAUGUUCGUCCUGGAAGAACCAUCUUGUUCUGGGCAGAACAAGGAGCUGAUGUCGUGCACAGGAAGCACACAUGGAUAAACACGCGAACACACAGAGCCAUGUUAACACAGAUAAUACACACACAUGG